UACACGGGGAGAUCAUCAUGAACAAGCUGCGCUCCAUACUGCAGAGGACACUGGGGACAGUCAGACAUCACAUGGGCACAGACCAGUAUGGAAAUAAGUACUAUUACAUCCCUGAGCAAAAGUCAUGGACAGGCCAGGCAGUUAGAGCAAGAAGAAUAAUAGAACCGGUGCAGAAAGAAGUUUACAAAUAUGAACUUGGAAACAUUCCAACGGAAUGGGAAGCAUGGAUCAGAGGCAAGAGGAAAGACCCUCCAACAAUCGAGGAAAUCCUCAGGAAUGAACACGCAAGGCAGGAAGUAAGUGCCAAAGUACAGGAUCUUAUGCAGCGGGAAAAACAACUGCAGGGUAUAGAAGACAAAGGACUUCCCAGGGAGCCAAUGAAAACACAGGUUUUAGGACACGCCUCUGCUUCCGUUUAUGGCAAGCACACCCCCUCCGAAGAACCAACUAGUACUGCUGGCACAUUUGAGCCUGGAUCCUGGAACCCGCAGAAAAAGUAGCACAACCUCUGGAAAACAGAAUAGUGUUCCUUGUUCCGGGACAAAA